AUGCCAAUAUUACAUUCAGAUCAAAUUGAUCCCUGGUUUUGGGAUGACCAAAACCAAAGUGAAGCCUUUGUUGAUUGGGAAGGAAAUCAAAUGCGAUAAUUUCACUCAUUUAAUGAAAAUCAAUUUCCAAUCAACAUAACACUGAGAAUUUAAACAUAAUCUGAAUUUUAUCCUUUUAUUUAGGAAAGUCUUCAACUAAGAUUUCCAGAAGUAGAUGAAAUUACGUAUACUCUAUCACCAAAGUAAUCUUAUUAAUUAGAAUUGGAAUAUAAUUGCACUCAACAUAAUGAGGGAAUGCAAUAAAUUGAUUUAAUUUUUUAUAGAAUAAUCUUUUAAGAAUAAUCCUUAACAUUUAGAUGA